AAGUAUAAAGUUGCAAGAUUGUACAGAUAUGGCAGCACUUUAUUAUCUCAAGUUUUAUUAUAGUAAUAAAAACAAUUUUGGAAGUGCUUCUCGCAAUAAACAAUAAACCAACUGGAAAUAUACGCAUUAAAUUUAUAAAAUUUCUAGUGAAAUAAUAUUGUUUUUUAAUGUUUUAUUAAGAAUAAAAAGUUUGAUAACUGUAAAUUUAAGUAACUAACAGAAACGAAGCGCGUUAUUCAUUAUAUUUGUUAAGUUUUUUUUGUGGCGUAAAUACAUUUGUGAAUAUUUUCCUUUUUACGUGGUUCGAUUGAAAAUGUUUUAAAUUAUAUAUAAGCAUUAAAUGUGAUAUGGAUCUGGAGAUUGGAUUAGAUUUGGAUAUUGACGAGUAUGAAUUGACCAAUUUUAGUAACCAGCAGUCUUCGGCACCUACAUCUGAGUUGGGAGAUGCUGGGUCACCUUCAUCAUCUCUAUUAAAUGAAGAUCUAAUACAAACAAAUAAUAUUAAUAUCAUACUCAAACAGUGCAAUACAACUACUAGUACGAGUAGUAGCUGUACCAACAUUACCAACACCUUCUUUGCCAACAGUUCAUUUACAUCACUACUUGGAAAUGAUCCUAUUCUACCCAUAGCAGACGAUAAACCUUUAAGUAACUCGAAACGUGGUCCUGGACGUCCGCGCAAGGAAAAUCCUCUACUAUCAUUUCGAGCACCAACUAAACAACAGUUACAACAAACAAAAAAGAAAUUUAAUAAAGAUCCCUUUAACCAAGCAUCAUAUCUGAAUUCAUUUGUGAUUGAGAGCCCAAACAUGGGGUUUGCUGAUGAAUCAACCACAUCUACUAACAAAAUAUCAUCGGUUUCCACAGCCCACAAUGAUGAAUUGCCGUAUUUUGCCGAAAAAUACCCAGGAAAAGUAUGCUGUUUGUGUAAUUUAUGCGAACGCAGUUCCUUGGGACAAGGUGAUAUGCUGAAGAUAACUGUUAAUGGCGAAACUUUAAAAACCGCCUUUGCUACAACAUCGGAAGUUCUAAAAGUCUCUCAAGACGAAAACUUAGAGAACUGUGCAGAUAAUAGCGGUCGCAAAAAGGCUCUAGUUGCCAUCAAGACGAAAGUUACGGUUAAUAAUGAAUGUGUAAAUGAAUUGGACAGUGUAGGUCAAGAUGAAGUACACUCACUGGAUAAUAUAAUUUUCGAAGGUUGCUUCGUUUACAUUCAUAGUAUGUGUGCUAUGUGGUCUCUACAAAUGAAACGCAUUGAAGAAGACUUUGUGCCGAAUUUUGAGGAAAUGGUGGCUAAAAGUAUAACUCUUAAAUGUUCGUUCUGCUGCCGCUAUGGUGCCAGUGUUAAUUGUCGCAUGAGUUGUCAAAAUAACUAUCAUUUGCCGUGUGCUGCUGCGGCUGGAUGUUUUCUUAUAAUUGAAUCAUUCCAAGCAUUUUGCGUCGAACAUAUUAGUCAAGUUCCAUAUAUAGCUGUGGACACUAAUAUUGAGUGUCGCCAAUGCUGCAGUUUGGGAGACAUAUCAAAACUUAUAAUGUGUUGUAGCUGUGGAGCUCAUUAUCAUACUAACUGUAUCGGAUUAACUAACUUUCCAGAUUCGCGAGCGGGCUGGAGUUGUUCCCAAUGUUGUAAAUGUUUAAUUUGUCGUCAAACCGAAAACAAUGAAAAUCGUUCCGUAAAAUGCGAGCAAUGUCAAAAAGUAUAUCAUACUACUUGUUUAAGACCCAUUAUAUCAUCUGUACCCAAAUAUGGUUGGAAAUGUAACCGGUGUCGCGUAUGUAGUGACUGCGGUGCACGCACACCUGGCGCUGGCGCUUCCUCUAGAUGGCAUUGUCACUAUACUAUUUGUGAUUCUUGCUAUCAGCAACGCAAUAAGGGAUUUUCGUGUCCCAUUUGUCACAAAGCAUACCGUGCUGCUUCUCAUAAAGAAAUGGUCAAGUGCAGCAAAUGUAACAAGUUUGUUCACAGCACUUGCGACGAUGAAGCAGAUCUUACCAUAUACCAUGUAAAAAAAGAAACAAAUCCAGAUUAUGAUUAUGUUUGUCAACCAUGUAAGUCGGGUAAGCAUUUGAUGACAUUUGCUUCCACUGAUUCCUUAACCACAUCUGCUGAUGGGUUUCCUCGAGAUUUGGAGGCGGAAUUUUACGACAAGGAUAGUGGGGCAGAUUUUACUAAUAUGGUAGACCCUUUGAAAAUCUCCAAAAAACGUAUUGGUCUGAAGGAGUUGAAUCGUGGCGGAAAAAUGGGUAAACUGUUCAUGGGCAAGGGAAUGCUAAGUCAAUUCAAUCGUAAACGUAGUGUGCGUGGCAAGGGGCGUCAGUUGUUAAUGUUAAACGCUUCAUCAACACCCUCUACGAGUAGUGAUUUGAAUAGUUCUCAGUGCUCUGAAGAUGAUAUGGCGUUGGAAAAGAAACUGGUUUUAUGUUCGGCUAAAGACAAAUUCAUUCUCAUGCAAGACAUUUGCGUAAUGUGUGGUGCCUUAGGCACAGACCAAGAAGCAUGUUUAAUUGGUUGUGUCCAGUGUGGCCAGUGUUACCAUCCACACUGUGCCAACGUAACUCUCUCGAAGACAAUGCUUCAAAAAGGCUGGCGUUGCUUAGACUGCACAGUUUGCGAGGGAUGUGGACAAAAGAAUGAUGAAGGCAGACUUAUUUUAUGCGAUGAAUGUGAUAUUUCCUAUCAUAUCUACUGCAUGAGUCCACCGCUAGAUGCUGUGCCUAAUGGCAACUGGAAAUGUAAAUGGUGUGCGAUUUGUCAAAAAUGUGGUCGCAAUUCACCAGGAAAAAAUUCAUCUUGGUUUAACGGCUUUUUAGAGUGUGGUCCCUGUGCAAGCCAAGCAGCUUGUUUCGUCUGCACCCAACCGUAUAACGAAAAUGAGCUGAUAAUACAAUGUAGUAGCUGUGAACGGUGGUUGCACUGUCUAUGUGACAAUAUAAAAAAUGAAGAUGAAGCAAAAGCUUUCAAUGAUGUCGACUAUCAUUGCAAAAUGUGUCGCAAGGAUAUAGUUAUACCGAAAGCACCGCCUGCUAAAGUGCCUCAAGGAGAGAAAAGCUCUCAAAAAGAAUCGACAAAUGUUAAGCCAUCCGCCAAUGAAACAACACAAGACAAUACUAAUGCUGCAGCCUCAAGCUCGACCGGAAAUAUAACCGUAAAUGAACCUUUCGAAUCCACCGACAACACAUUCUGGAUAGAUGGCGUUUGUGUAAGUGAACAAGGAUUUAAUAUGAUUCGUUCUCUCACUACGGAAAUAAAAAGAAAGCGCAAAUUGCGUACGGAUGCAAUACAAAAAGAUUCUGGUAUUAUGUCAUCCAUAGAUUCGGUAAUUGCAGGCAAUUCAACUCCGACUCCUGGAGAUGUUGGUAAUGAUGGUAACACCACACCCGUAGAGAAAGUACCCACUCCCACCUAUAAGGAUGGCAUGGUGUGGUUGGGAGAAGAUGGCAGCCAACCAGAAGGGUUCUCUAUAUCAACCAAUGAAGAAGGUUUGAAUAUUUUGCGUAAAAAACGUCAACGUAAUUUGCAAAAACUAGGUAUUGGCGGUUUCAAUGUACGCAUGCGUGGUAUACGCAAGGAAAAUGAAGAGCUAUACAUGGGUACUUUAGAAAAUCCAUCUCUAACUGAUGAAAAGAAAAAGAAAAUUAUUAAGAAGAAAAUGAAAUCCAAAUUGUGCGAAUCAUAUCCAUCAUAUUUACAAGAAGCCUUUUUCGGCAAACCUCUUUUGGAUAAUAAAGAAUCAUCCCAUAUCUCUUUCGAAGAAUCGGAUGAAUCUGAUACAGGGGCUGCUUGUUUUUCCACUGACAAUUACAAGCCAAACACCAAGGAACCUAAUAUCACAACUUCUACUACUGCUGCACAAAUUCCAAAUCAACAACAAACAUUAUUACAACAAGUGACGGAAAACAAACCACAUGUAAAUGUUGGCAUCCAGCAAAAACUAAUUAAUGACAUUUCAAAACCAUUAGUAGCAGUACCUCCCUCGACCUCCCUGGAAACCGAGCAAUCUGAUCUAACACAAAAUAUGCAGAGGAAUGUUUUAAUCAGUUCAGCCAAAAUUGAAGAAACUUUAAAGGCUAUAAAAACUGAAGAUAUUGCUACAAAUAUGCCAACUGAUUUUAUCACGGGUUCAACCAAUAAUAUAGCAUUAAAUUCUAUCAAAAUGGAAAUGGGCGGUCAAUAUAAUGUGAACCUGAUGCAAAACAACAACAAUAACAUGAAUAUGCAACAUAUCCAGCAAAGCAAUAGUCAGACACAACAACAGGCAUUUAUGCCAGCCAGCAUCGGCAUCAAUAGUCCUCAGCAAUUGCAACAACAACAGACCCAACAACAAAUACAACAUCAUCUACAGCAACAACAAAUGCAGCAGCAAAUGCAACAACAACAACAUAUGCAGCAGCAGCAGCAAAUACAACAACAGCGUAUGCAAUAUCAACAAACGCCUUACAAUUCAAUGAACAUUCAAAAUAAACAUCCAUCUCAAUAUUUAACACAAAAAUCCGAAGAUCCAAUGUUAAGUCAAAUAAAAGUAGAAAGAGAUGUUAUGCUAACACAAGCCACAGCAACAAGUGUAUCAAAUGACUCUCAAGAAUUGACCCCGCAACAAGAGGAACCUGUCAAAGAGACAGCUGUAGCUGGAACACAAAAAACUGCAGAAAAAAUGAGAAAAGACGAAGAUUUGGGUGAGAUGGCAACUAUAUCUGCCGUUUUGUAUGCCAACACUCAACAUCCAGAGCUGAAACAUUUAUAUCCCAAUUGGAAUGAACGUUGCAAACAAAUCCUCAAAAAGUGGCGUUCGUUGUCAACGGAAAUGAAAGCUCCGUUUUUGCAACAUGCAAAAGAUAAUCGUUCAGUUUUGAGAUUGAGAAGAUCCCAACAGGAACCUGAAAAAAUGUAUUUCCAACAAAAGUCUCUGAAAGAACAAGAACAGGAACGAGUAUGGAAACAACAUCAGGCUAAAAACAAGGAAACCUAUAGUAAUAAAUUUAAUAAAAAUGCCUUUAUGGGUGACUAUUCGCGUUCAGAGCCGACUACGCCUGUUAAUACUAAUUCAAACAAUAAACAGACACAGCCCCUGUUCGAUAUGAAUCUUUUUAGUGACAAUAAUUCACAAAAUAAAUUGCAAUCGAAUCUGUUGAGCUCGAGUAAUGAUAAUAAUAUGAGUUCAAUAAUUCCAAAUCAACUAACAUGUGACACCAACAAAUCAUUAUCUCAACUCGAGCAACAACAAGCAUCUUUCAUGUCCACACUAAACCAAACAAUGCAGCAACACCAACAACAACCCUCAAUUGAUGCCGUAUCUAAAGUUUUUGAUCCCAGCAAAGCAGAUGCUGCUCUACAACUUUCUGAACGUAAUGAUAUAUUCUUAUCAGAUAAAAAUUGGCCAGGAGUUUCUAAACUUACAGAUUCUAAGGAUCCCAUGACUAGUGGAGUAGAAAAAUUAGAAGCCGAUGAAAACGCCGGUUUGGGUGAUAUACUUGGUGGUUUUGCAGAUGGUGACGAUGACGACAUACUUAAAUCAUUAACUGCUGAGAUUGGGGAUGAUUUCAAUAUACUGGAGUACGCUGAUCCAGAGUUGGAUGAGUUCAACGGUAGUCAAAAUCUUUUAAAUAAAUUAGAUUUUGAUGAAAAUCAAAAAACUAUUUAACAUCAGAAAAGUUCAUUAUUUACAUGAUGAACUCUUCGUCCUUAAAAGGUACGCACGACAUACAUAAAUAUAUAUUCAUAAGUUUAAAAUAAAAAAGCAUGAUAUAUGUUUGUAUAUAAAAAUAAAACGUUGCUAUUGUCUUGAAA